AUGGAGCAACAAUCGGAAUCUAAUCAGCCGAAAAAUUGGUACCCGCGCACUAUUUUCAAUCGUAAUUAUCACAACUAUGCAGUAGUUGUGAUGGCUCGACCUAUAUUUUGGGAACCACAGAAAAUAUUUCAAAUAUGGAACAAAGCUAUACUCACCGUUACUGUGAAUGGUGGGAUAUAUAGCUGGAUAGAGUACUUGGAAAAUGCAGGGAUAGACGUAUUCAGCGACCAGUAUAAUGAAUACGUGCCCAAAAUUAUUAUCGCGAAAAGGAUGGAUAGAUGUACACGUGCUUCACCGACUAUAAUCGACAAGCUGGAAAGUCUAGGCUCCAGGGUCAUCUAUCUACUUCGUCAGAAUUGCAAGGAAUUUACCAGAGCAUUGAAUUGCAUCGUAGACUCUGCCCAUGACUCGAAUAUGACCUUAAGAAACAUGUACGUAUUUGCGGAAUCGGAAACAGAUUUUGAUGCCGUCCAAAUCAAAGAGACGUUACGUGUAAGCGACGGAAAUAUACGCAAUGUAGAGCCACUAGCGGAAGAGAAUAAGUCCGCGGAAGCGGACAUCCUCGUACGGCAGUGCGACUCCUUCCCCGAGGAAGCGAACUCAGCCGCACAACAGUGCGACACCUCCGCAAACGCAGACACUACCCGAGCAGAAAUUGAAUCUAGUGAUUGUCUAGUAACGACACAGAAUAGUUGGGUCUUACAUCGCUACUAG